AUGUCGGAGCUCGUAGUUGGCCAGACGGUGCGUCUAUCAGACGGCCGGACUGGCAUCGUACGCUUCGCCGGUGGAACGCAUUUCGCUAGUGGCGAUUGGGUGGGCAUCGAGCUCGAGGAUGAUAGCGGAAAGAACGAUGGCAGCGUCCAGGGCGAACGGUACUUUGACUGUGCCCUUGGGCAUGGCAUGUUUGUGCGCCCGACAACAUUGGCCAUCAUCGCCCAGGCGCCUGCUCCGGCGGCGAAGCCAGCAGCUCGCAGGCCUAGCCGGCCGAGCAGCUUCAAUCCAGGCGCCGGGAGGACGACCAGCGAUACAGGUUUGACCAAAAGGAUGAGUCUGAAUGCUCCCAGUCCGAGCCCGGGACCUAAGGUGUCUCGGCCGACGAUCACCGACCAAGUCGCCCACAAAACAGCUCGGAUCAGCGACAUCGAGCACCGCGCCAUCGCGAACUACCACACCGUCUAA